AUGGGUGGGCAUGAGGACAACACUAAUGGCUCUCAGGAGAAAGAAGAGAGCCAGUUGGUGGGUAGAGUGACAGGUAAAGAAGUGGUGAUGAGAACUGGAGCUGAGCAUACACCUAAGAAUCCAAGCAUGGUGGAAUCUAGCUCAUCAAGGAAAGACAUUGCAGUUUCUCAUGGAAGGGCUGUGGAGAAGGACAUUAGAGGCAGGAGAAUCCACUUGAAGGAAGGUGUUGAAGGGGAAGAUAUAUCUGUCCAGGAACUGCUUGAUGGCAACAACAACAAAUGGAAUACCCAAAGGGUGAGAGAUUUGAUUGCACAGGAGGAUUGUGAUGCUAUACUACAAAUUCAGGGGAUUGAUUUGAUGGUGAGAGAUAAGUGGAGAUGGGAGUUAGGUGUGCAGGGAAGGUUCUAA